AUGAAAGAAAUAUUGGCUAUGAUGACAAAUCUUUGCCAAAAGAUGGAGAAAAUAGAAAAAGAUGUACAAGUAUUAAAAGAAACAGUUAACAGUCAGCAGCAUGACUUAAAAUAUGCGGAGCUAAGUCAGCAGCAUGACUUAAAAAAUGCGGAGCUAGAAGGUGACGAUGGGAAACACCUAAAAACCCAAAACAAAAAGAUAUAUACAUCUGCAGGGAGCUCAGCUACAACAGGAAGUACAGCUACAGCAGGACCAUCUACAAAAAAGGAGGAAGCUAAGAACCCCAGAGCAAAAGAUACAAAAAACCCGAAUGAAGACUAUAUAACCCAAUAUUUACAAGGUUAUAACAAGCUAAUCGCACAACCUGGAACAAAUCCAAACCUAGUAGCAACCUGCUACAACUAUGGAUUAUUAAGUACUGUAUAUACAAUAACGGGAGAAGAAGUAUCCAAGAUACCAGAAUUAUAUAAGGCAUUUUUACAAUACAAGAGAGUAACUAAAGGAACUCUAUUUUACAUAAAGUUCUAUUCAGCUACAGCAGAAAUACUAUAUGAUGAGAUCAAGCCUACGAUACAAGCUAUAGAGAUUGGAUUAACUAGGGAAAUGAUAAUCCCUGAAAAAAUAGAUACACAAGAAGAAAUACAAAAGGUGGAUAUUCCAGAGUUUUAUGCAAAUAAGAGAACUAUUGGAAUAGCUACUAUAUAA